ACAGCCUCUUUCAGCCCAUUGCUUGAUGCUUUCUCUCCUUCCACAACAAACCAUCAAGGUGUUCGGUCACCUUUUAUGGCUCGUAAGAUUCAGUGUGGGAAGUUAAUUAUUUUAUAAUCGUAUCUGAGGUGGAGAGUUCUCCUGUCCACUUGUUGACUCCCUAACUACCUGGAACAGCCAGGGCUAGGCCAGGUAGAAGCUAAGAGCCUGGAACACAAUCCGAAUCUCCCAUGUGAGUGGCAGGGACCCUCACCUACUGGCUCCAGGGUGCACAUUAACAGGAAGUUGGAAUGGGAGAUGGAACUGGGACCCAAACUUAGGCACUCCCAUAACAGGUAUCCCAGCUGCUGGCUAACCAGCCAGGCCGAACUCCUGUCCUUUCCCUUUUCAAGACAGAACAGUCAGCUACAGCCAAGCCUUGUGAUUCCAUCAGCCUUGGCCAUGUCCAUGCAUGGACCUGCGCUGUUGGUAGCCGGCAGUGGUUUCCCCAUGGGACUUGCCCCCCCUCUGAAAACAGCCGCUCCCCUCCCCCAAGGAGAGAAAUCAACAUAGAGGGGAUUUUUUAAGACAUGUAUUUGAAAGUUAGGGGGAUACAGAGUGAGUUUCCAUUUGCUUGUUCAAUCCCCAAGUGGCUGCAUCAGCCAGGGCGGGGCCAGGCCAGAGCUUCUUCCGGAUCUCCCUCAUGGGUGGCAGGGACCUAAGCAUUUAGGCCAUCCCCUUCUGCUUGGCUGGAUUGAAGAGGGGUGGUCAGGACUCAACCGGCUUCCCAGGCAGGGCCUCGAGGGGUGUUCAAAGCUCAUUUCUAAAACUGGUUGGUGCGUCCUUGCCCUUGUGAGGCUGGAGAGCCAGACCAAGUCUUCCCGUCAAAGGCACACCCAGGCAAAGGUCAGCUGGAGCCUACCGGCUCUGUUGGGGCAGGGAAGCCAGUUUCCAUGGGAAGCAAGGGCUUGGGAUUGUUAUAAAGUGGCCUGCGUCCCAAACCGAUUGAGGCUGUACGCUCCGACUGAGCCUCGUUGCUCCGUCGGAGGCUACCCGCUUUGCCUUGCUCUGCUGUUCCACACCGGCUGGGACCCGGGUCGCUCGGUGGCCCAGGUGGAAUGGCUUAGUCCACAAUAAGGUGGAUGCGGUCCCGACAGUGCAAGAGCCAGUGUCGUGGCGGCCCUUCGUGGCCUCCCGUUCUCCCGCGGAGCCCUCAGCAAGGCCGGGUCGGUCCUCCGAGCGCACGGGUGGGACUGGGUCAGGCGGUGCUGAGGACGACUCCCGGGGGGCAGCGUGUCUGUGAGCUCCUGUGCAAUCCUUGGCAAGAGACGCUGUCCGCCUUUGUAGAGACGGACGACGGGGCCUUGGCGGAACGGUCCCUGCGGAGAUGAGAGCAGCCGCGGGGAGCGCCGAGCCGGGCUGCCGGCGGCGGGGUCGCGGUUGUCCCACCUGCGGCUUCUGAUCGCUGAGGGCGCCCAGGUGAGCCGCGCGCCGCGGUUGCUGCGCAGGCCCCGGGCGGUAAAGGGAAGGCGCGGGCGGGCGCUCGCGAGCGGAGGGACCGGCGUCCGCGCCGCCGCUUGCCAGGCUCCCGCCCCGGAGAGCGCGGGGCCGCCCGCUGGAUCCGCUCCUCGUUGUCCCCGCAGCCCCGGCCCCUGCCCACCAUGAACGCCGGCGGCUCGGGUUACCCACUCGCCUCGCUCUACGUGGGCGACCUGCACCCCGAUGUGACUGAGGCCAUGCUCUACGACACCUUCUCGCCCGCCGGCCCCAUCCUGUCCAUCCGCGUGUGCCGCGACGUGGCCACCCGGCGCUCGCUGGGCUAUGCCUACAUCAACUUCCAGCAGCCGGCCGACGCGGAGCGCGCCCUGGACACCAUGAACUUCGAGGUGAUCAAGGGCCAGCCCAUCCGCAUCAUGUGGUCCCAGCGAGACCCGGGGCUGCGCAAGUCAGGCGUGGGCAACGUCUUCAUCAAGAACCUGGAGGACUCCAUCGACAACAAGGCUCUGUAUGACACCUUCUCCACCUUCGGGAACAUCCUCUCUUGCAAGGUGGUGUGCGACGAGCACGGCUCCCGGGGCUUCGGCUUCGUGCACUUUGAGACCCACGAGGCUGCGCAGCAGGCCAUCCGCACCAUGAACGGGAUGCUGCUCAAUGACCGCAAAGUCUUCGUCGGCCACUUCAAGUCCCGCCGGGAGCGGGAGGCGGAGCUGGGGGCACGGGCCCUGGAGUUCACCAACAUCUACGUGAAGAACCUCCGGGCAGACGUGGAUGAGCGGUGCCUGCAGGACCUCUUCUCCCAGUUUGGAAAGAUGCUGAGUGUGAAGGUGAUGAGGGACAGCAGCGGCCACUCCCGGGGCUUUGGCUUCGUCAACUUUGAGAAGCACGAGGAAGCGCAGAAGGCUGUGGACCACAUGAACGGGAAGGAGGUGAGCGGGCGGCUGCUGUACGUGGGCCGCGCCCAGAAGCGGGCGGAGCGGCAGAAUGAGCUGAAGCGCAAGUUCGAGCAGGUGAAGCAGGACCGGCUGCACCGCUACCAGGGCGUGAACCUGUAUGUGAAGAACCUGGAUGACUCUAUCGAUGAUGAGAAACUGAGGAAAGAGUUCUCUCCCUACGGAGUGAUCACCAGUGCAAAGGUGAUGACAGAGGGUGGCCACAGCAAGGGGUUUGGCUUUGUGUGUUUUUCCUCUCCAGAGGAGGCGACAAAGGCCGUGACGGAGAUGAACGGGCGCAUCGUGGGCACCAAGCCGCUGUAUGUGGCGCUGGCGCAGCGCAAGGAGGAGCGGAAGGCCAUCCUGACCAACCAGUACAUGCAGCGCCUCUCCACCGUGCGGGCCCUGGGCAGCCCCUUCCUGGGCUCCUUUCAGCAGCCCUCGCGCUACUUCCUGCCCGCUGUGCCCCAGCCUCCAGCGCAGGCGGCGUAUGCUGGCUCUGGCGCCGUGGCACCCAUCCAGCCUGCCCCCAGGUGGUCGGCCCAGCCUCCACAACCUUCGUUCACCUGUCCUCCAGCUGCCUCCACCGUGCGGCCACCAGGUGUGCCUCGGCGCCCCCGGGACCACAUCAGCAGUGCCAGGCAGGCCUCCACCCAGGUGGCACGGCCGGUGCCUCCCACCCAAAGAGUGGCCAACAUUGGUACCCAGACCACAGGACCCAGCGGGACGGGAUGCCCUAUCGCAGGCCGGCCUCUCCUGCCGUACCGAUGCCCUUCAGGGGGCCACCACAGCCAGCCUAUGCUAAGGGCUGCGUCCCGGCCCCGUGUGCAGCUCCAGGAGCCCGCUGUGCACGUCCCCGGCCAGGAGCCCCUGACUGCGUCCAUGCUGGCUGCGGCGCCCCUGCACGAGCAGAAGCAGAUGAUUGGGGAGCGUCUCUACCCCCUCAUCCACAACGUCCACAAGCAGCUGGCUGCCAAGAUCACGGGCAUGCUGCUGGAGAUUGACAACUCGGAGCUGCUGCUCAUGCUGGAGUCUCCGGAGUCCCUCCACGCCAAGAUAGAAGAGGCGGUGGCAGUGUUGCAGGCCCACCAGGCCGCGGAGCAGCCCAAGGUGUUCACGCACUGAAGCCA